AGAAAGAAGUUAGUGAUAGUAGGAGAUGGUGAAUGUGGUAAAACAUGUCUAUUACACAGAUUCGUCAGAAAUGAAUUCAAUGAAAAUGGUUAUUUACCAACAGUUUUUGAAAACGAUGUUGUUGAAGUUAUGUAUGGAAAAACACAUGUAGAUUUAUUAUUGUAUGAUACUGCUGGACAAGAAUGUUAUGAUAGAUUACGACCAAUAUUCUACCCUGAUACUGAUAUCGUUUUGAUAGUCUUCUCUCUAGACAACCCGGACAGUCUUACUAAUGUGGUUAUAAACUGGGCACCAGAGAUCAGACAUUUUUGUUGUAAAACACCAGUAAUAUUAGUUGGUACAAAAAGUGAUAUUAGAGAUGAACAUUGUGACAUUGAUGCCGUAUCUACGGUUACUGUAGGACCAGUUAAAUUUGAAGAUGGUUGUGCGAUGGCUUAUAGAAUUAAUGCUCUAUCUUACGUUGAGUGUUCAUCAAAAUUAGAUAAAGGUGUUGAAGAUGUAUUCCAUGCAGCCAUUAAGGCAUCUAUCACAAAACAGAAAAAGAAACGAUUCUUUUAA